GCUACAAGUGGACUCCUGUCACGUCCUGUGGCUCUACGCCUCUUGCGGCAAGGUAUCUCUCUCAACCAGCCAGCUGCUUUCACGCCGGUUGGUCAAGGACCACCCUGCGGCCUUGCCAACCACAACUUUGGUUUGCUCUCAACAUGCUAGCGCGCCAUGCCCAGGCUAUGGGCCCUGCUGGGCCUUUUCGAUGCGCUCGGCGAAGCGAUGUCCCACGAGUGUGGCGAGCAGCCGCACUUGAAUUGGACCUCAGUUCGUGAGGAUCUGAUCACCUACAGCACGCUGUCGGAGCCGGUGAUGCGAAGCCGACGUUGCUUCGGCGAUACUGGGAUAUGGUCCUACUGUGGUAUUGCUGCGAUGAACAUUUUGCAGAUGCAGCCAGGCCUCCUCAGCAACUCGCAGUCGAUGCUGAGUAAAGCGAACUGGGAGAAUCCUUGCAAGAUCGGCCAGGUCGCCACCAACCUGUUCGCCAUGAGCUUCUUGACGCCUGGUGAGCGAUAUGGUAUGCUUUGGGUUGCUGGCGAUCGUUUGGAGAAGCUCUCGCUGAACUUCCAGUCGCUUCUGACUUCUGGCUGGCCCAUGUUCGGGCUCUUAUCGCGGCUCGCGGAGGUGAUCCAGCUCUCCAACCAGGCGCGGCCUGUGGAUGCGUGCGCCGGCGCUGCCUGCGAGCAGCUGGCACAGCUGCGCCUGGAGCUGCGGCGCCGCGUGGCGGAGCGCGGCUUGGCGCCGGAGGCGCUGGCGCGGCGAGUGCUGGCCGCAGUGGAACGCGUAGCACAAGCAAAGGGUGGCUCUGCAGGCGCCGCGCGAGGCAGCUUUGCGGCAGCAGCGGCCUGGGCUGCCCUCGCAGAGGCCGCCCAGAUGCGCUCGGAUAGCGGGGCCAGCGCGGCCUAUGUUGCGCGAGCGGAAUCUGCGCUACGUGCAGUGCAAUCGAAUUACACCUUGCUGGACUGGCUGAGCUCGCAAUGGCCAACGUUUAGGAUCAUGCACCGCAUGCAGUUUGAUCUGCUCCCGCGGGAGGCUGCCGUGGAAGGAGGUUUCUGGAUGCAGCAAGAUCUGGUCCCACGCGAUCCAGCAGGAAGACCAAUGCGCUUUGUCUUCAACGCGGGUUUCUUCAGGCCAGAUGCGCUUUACAUUGAUGUCGCUGCAGAUAUUGUUUCCACGGACAUGCUCCGCACACUGCCGGCGUUCUUUGGCAUCCACAUGGCCAAGCCCGGCCAGAGGUGGAACCUGGGCCUGGCCUACACGUCGAACGAUUAUGCUGACCUGAUCCCAUCAAAGGAUCUUUGGAGGCUGCAGGCUGGAAGCCAGAAGUUGCUUUUCAUGCCGGAGCUGAAUGAACUUCUUGGAGAGAAGGAUCAGCAGUGCCGAGCGUACUAUGAUGCGUUACAGACCUGGAGAGUGAGCAAAGAUCUCGCAGACCAGGUGGGUGGCAUGCCGCCUUGCUUCGAUAUGCCUACGGCAGCAGACGAGCUGAGAGCUUUUGCAGAUACUGUGAAGGAUCAGCAUGUGGCCUUCGUACGAAAGCCCGAAGGUGCAUGGGGCGGUCGCGGGAUCGAGAUCCGCUUCAGAGUGGAGGAUGUCUUGGGUGACUCCAAGGCUGAGGUCUCAAGCUGCGAGUUCGUGCCGUUGGAGGACGCCCAGUGCUUGGGUUUGGUGGCAGCGGCGGGGCAUGCCGAGACCGCUGAGGCCUGUAGUGAAAUAUGCUGCGCAAUGAGCCGACAAUGUGAAGCUUGGAAUUGGCGCGAAGUCGAGGGAUGCUGGGUUGGCAUCCCGCGGUUGUGUACACAGUCCAACCCAAUGUUCCUCGGCGGAUGGAGAGGAGGCCGCCGGCUCCGUGACGCGACGCCCUCUGCCAAGCAGAGAGCUGUGGUGCAGCAGUAUGUUUUGGACCCUGUGCUUUACCAGCUGGAAGGCGUUUGGCCGCCAGUCACGGUGAAGACGGAUAUCCGCAUUUAUGGGACCGUGGUCUCCAUGGAUCCCUUUCGAUUCUAUAUCAGUGAGUACGGUUACUUCCGCUCUGGCUUCCUGGAGAAGAAUUACUCGGCGCAAAGCGACGAAGAUUUCCAGGACCUGCUUAUGCAUGUCACCCACCACAUUCCGAAGAUAGAGGCUGGCUCAUACCAAUGUCCGACUGCACCAAGCUGGGAUCAUCCCGAGGGUGCUGAGCACGAUGCAGGGUCCGGAGGCUCCCUGCACAAGUGGUUCAGAAUUGCGAAAGAGCAGAACGGCUUGGAUCCAAGCGUGGUGUGGAAGAACAUCAAGCUGGCGCUGGCCAUUUUCUUGCUGGGAGCAAGACACAAGCUGGACUGUGUCGCGAAUGCUGUUCCCUAUGCGUGUGGCUCGCUCGGCUUUCACUUCUUUGCGGACUUGGUGGUGGACAGAAAGGGCCGGGCAUGGCUUAUGGAGAUCCACCCGACCCUCGCAGUGAAAUCCCCGGGCCUGGGCGAUCCGGAGGCUGGCUGGGUCGAGGUCCUCACCCGCUCAACGCGGCAAGGAACUCUCGGCUCCCUGGCUAUGAGCUUCCUUGGCUGGGCAGAUGCGCCAUAUCGCCAGUGGGUGGAGUCCAUUCUGCGUGAGAAGCUUCUCUCGCAGCCUCGCUGGCGCCGAGAAGUUCAAGGCCUGGCCCGGCGCUUGCUGCGCCGGCGAGUGCUGAUGCCUGGUUGGAGUGGUGAAGCGGCCAGCGUGGCGGGCUUGCUAAGCAAAGUCUUGGUGGAGGAGCAUCUAUCCUGCCGCGUGGCUGUGGUGCAGGUGCUGCCAGCUAUGUGGGGAGAAGUUGCAGAGCUGAUCGCCAGGAAUCAGGGCGAUCCCUUUGCAGGACUUCGCAGCGUCUAUCGUCUGCUGCGUGCCGCGCGGCCCCUGUUGGCACGUGAAGGUCCGGCACCAGGAGAUUUGCGACCAAGACAGUGCGAGGCAGUUGACUUCAAUAUGGGUACCCGAUGGGAUCAGCCUUGGGAACGAGCGUCACGACGCUUCAAGUGAGCGAGUGAGGGGUUCCGGAUUUGACGAGUUACCCGGCAGACCUAAAC